GGCUUUUCUGCGUGUAGCUAUUCAUAGUAUACGGGAAGCCACUUUGAGAGAGGCUACAGCUCAGGUCCAACCCGAGACUAUGCAGAGGAAAAGAUGUCCAUGUUGAGAGUGCUGUUGUCCUUAGAUAUCCUAUCGGCAAGCUUACUUGGCCUCGAAAGACAACUCAAUUAUCGACAACCUCGGAAACUCGAGGCCAUCACAACCCCAGUCGUCCGAAUGCCUGUAUCACCUCACAUCUUCCCGCCUUUGGGCCUGUCGAUCGCCGAGGCAGCAAGGUACUUGGCGCAUGUCCGUCCCAACCAUCAGGGCCAGCCGUCGGCCGAGGUACGGGCUGGAAGUUGCAGUCUGUGGCACUGCAUAUUCCAAGGACAGCGUGAUAGCGUCUAUGAUGUAGAUAAGGCAGCGAGGCAAUGUACUGCGUAGGCACUUGUAGUAACGGUUCAAGAAGCCACCGAGAAGUCGUAAACUCAAUCGCGCCGCACAGAUGUAAAAAGUUCUCAAGAGUCAAGCCACACCGAGAUGCACAUCAACAACAAGGUAGGGUAGGUAGC